GGACUGCCCUCCAUCAAUUCCAGACUAUCCAGGAAAAGAUCAGCAGACAGGAGAACGAGAAGAUGGGAAAGGUUGCCUACUUCGGCCUGUUCCUCUUGGGCUGCUUCGUCUUUGGAUCAAGCGGCACCCCGGUGGAAGAUGAGGCUGUUCCAGCUACCAGUGAUGAACAACCGGCUGCAAAAUCUCCAUGCCCUUCUGGGGCACUUAGUUACAAACGAAACUGCUAUGUGUAUUUUGCAAGUUAUUUGUCUUGGGAGUCAGCGGAGGCUGCGUGUCAGAACCACAAACAGGGCGCUCACCUGGCCUCCUUUUUCGACCCGAAGGAGGAAAAGAUGGUUUCUGCUUACAUCAGAAGCCGCAGCUCCACCAACUACGUCUGGAUUGGGCUCAGUGCUACACCACACACUCAUCUGCACUGGGAAUGGAGUGAUGGAUCCCAUUACAUUUCCGGGUCAUCUCUCUGGGACAACCGGAGCCCCAGCACCUCCACUUCCUCCUCUUCUAGGUGUCUGACCCUGUACAACGUCCAGUCUCCAACAUCUUCUUACAGAUGGUCGCAGUAUAGCUGUGACACUACCUGGACGUACGUUUGCAAGUACAAGCCCAGGAAUUAGGCCUGGAACGACACCCAGCCCUGCAGCCAACAGCCCAUCAUGCUUUGGAUGACCUGGAAUGGACAGAAGCUCCUUCAUAUACAGCUCCAUAUUCUCUGUCCUGCCUGCAGGGGUGUCAGGGGAGUGAUUACCCAUCCUAUUACCGAGAUCCCCUCUUUUCCCAAACCACUGCUUUAUUAACCUGCAUUGACCUUUAUUUCACACUCACCCUUUCCUGGGAGUAAGGCCCAUUCAGAAGACUUCGGUAGGAUUUGUUUGGGAUUGCCUCUAGACCGCUGGGCUCUCGCGUGGCUCCGUCCUACAGCAAACAUUUAGAUCUUCUUCCAGCUGUUACGAGAGCCUUUAAUUCCACCAACGAUAAGUAAAUCCGAAAGAUUGUUUUUUAAACGAUAAACCUUUUGCAUGAGCUAGAAAAAAAAUCUGUAUCGCUUUUCUAUAGCAAAUGUGGUGAAUCAGCGUAUGUUCCCAUGAAGACGGCUUCCCCUAGCUGAAUUCAAGGUUUGCCUAACAUAUGAGCCGUUCGGCUCUUGUAAAGGACAGGUGCCUUUUGUGUUCUGCAGUUCUGAGGUAGAGGGGGGAUCUUGCAAGCUGCACGUGAAAUGUGUACAAUCGCAGCCAUGAAUUUAAAAGUGCCCUUUGAAAAGUUGCGUGUAGAGUCACUGGAUGCUUCCUGAUUCUCUGGCCGGCUCCUGUCUUCUGUAACAUUGUUUGCCGAUGGAAUGACAAUAAAUUCUCUGCUGAGCAUACAA